AAACAUGUUUAUGUAACUCUCUUGUAACUGCAGUUUCUACCUCAACGGGAAGAAGCACACGCGCACUUUUAUUACUGUAGCUUUUGUGUUUGGGCGCAAAGUAAUGUUACAAAUAUAUAUAUAUAUGUAGCAUAGCCUAGCUUCAGUUGAACAUUGUUUUAUCCAACUAUAACUCUUGCACUCUGCAGAUCUUACAGGAUAUAACGGUUACCGGAUCCGUUUCAAUGUGCAAAGUAAACUAUACCACCAGGAAACACGUUGUUCCGAUCAACAUAUGGACGUAAACUCACCGCUAAACUACCCGGAUGAGUGAACGUUGAAGGCCUCACGUGCGCUAACGUAGCUAGUCAGCUGGUUGAGCUAACGGCACACACCGAUUCUUCUCUAAAGUCUUAAAAGUUACCGACUAAAAAUGUUUGGAUCCUCAAGAUCUGGAGGGGUCCGAGGAGGCCAGGACCAGUUCAACUGGGAUGAUGUGAAAGGCGAUAAACACAGAGAAAAUUAUCUCGGGAACUCUUUGAUGGCACCUGUAGGACGAUGGCAAAAAGGCAAAGAUCUGUCAUGGUACUCAAGAGACAAAAAAAGCGGCGCAGCUUUGUCCAAAGAGGAAGAAAUUGCUGCUGUCAAGGCUGCAGAGCACGAGGCACUGAUGGCUGCCCUAGGGCACAAGAAUAUGAAGAGGCAACCAACUGGCCUGACCAAAGAGGACUUUGCAGAUGUUUGCCGGAGGGAAGAGGUUGAUGGUGAAGAGAGAGAUGUGGAUCGUGUCUCAGGCUUGGGAAGUUCCAGCGCAGGGUCAAGGAAAAUGGUGCUCUCCCAAAAGGAAAAGGAGGCAGCUAAACUAGGCUUGCCUGUUUUUACGCACUGCAAAACAGAAGGUCGUCCAGAAACCUCAACAACAAAGACAUCUCAGAGUGUAGAAAAAGAGGAUGUGGAACAACGGCACGAGAGCAAAAAGAAAAAGAAAGAGAAAAAGAGCAAAAAGGAGAAAAAGAAAAAGGAAAAAAAGAAGAAAAGGCAAAGAAGAGACUCGUCUUCGUCGGAGUCAGAUGAUGACAAAAAGAGGCACAGAAAGGACCACCAUCAUCAUAAUCCAUCAUACCACAGUCAGAGUGGAGCCAUACCCCAUGACAGCCAUUCAAGGGGGGGAGCAAAGGCCGAGCGACAGCCCUCCUACCCCCAUCAUCGACAGCAGCGGCAUGACACAGACUCCUCUGAUGGGGGGUCUCCUGUCCCCCGUAACCCUGUCAGCCACAAGAAGGCCCCUGCUGGUGUCACACAAAGCCACAGGCGGCGCCACGACACAGACUCGGACGACUAAUGUCCCCCCCCCCCCCCCAAUCCAAAGAUGCAGAACGCGGACAGAAUGCUCUACAGCAGCUUGACUGUCCCUGAAGACCUCAUUUACCCUGAGCAGCCAAACGGACUGUGGAUGGAGACAGGUCCAUGUGUCUUACUCACAGGCUUUGACCUCGUGUUUUAACUUCUUCACCCAAUCAGUUGGUCAUCGUGGGACACUGGUGUGUUCUGGGUUGUAUUUGACAACAAUUUUUUAUUUUCUUUCUUUUUUAACCCAUUUUAUGUGAUUAAACCACCAAAUAUUACAUUUUC